GCGGCAGGGGCAGAGCGGCGGCGGCUCCCGGCCCCGCCAUGGUGGUGCCGGCGCGGCGCGUCAAGACGGAAUACAUGAAGCGCUUCAAGGAGCCCAAGUGGGAGUCGUGCGGCGCCUGCUACCUGGAGCUGCUGCACUACCGCCUCAGCCGCCGCCUGCUGGAGCAGGCGCACCGGCCCUGGCUCUGGGACGGCUGGGAGCAGGACGGCGGCAGCGGCAGCAGCACCGCGGGCUCCCCCUCGCCGCCGGUCGCCGCCAGCCCCGCGGCCGCGCAGGAGGAGGAAGAGGCGGUGACGACAGCGGCGGCGCCGAGCGAGCCGGCCGGCAGCCGCGCCGCCGAGGCGGGGAGGACGAGCCCGGCGGGGCCCCCGCGCCGGAGCCCGGAAAAAAGAGAAGAUCAAGAAAAGCAGCAGAGAGAAGAACAAGAAAAAACUGUAGAACACACUUCUGUGAAGGAAAUGGACAAAACCAGCAGUACAGGACAACGUCCAAGUCGAAGUGCCUUGUCCAGUCGCAAUGAUCGGAAGUCAGCCAAAAGUCCUCAGAAGACAGAUGCACCAAAGGAACAUAAACAUCCCUUUGCUCUGUAUGGGUGGGGGGAAAGGCAGACAGAUACUGGAAGCCAGAAAACUCACAAUGUUUGUGCUUCUGCUUCAGUGAAUGAAAUUCAUGAAUCUGCCCUACGAGCAAAGAACAGGAGACAAGUGGAGAAAAGGAAACUUUCUCAGAGGCGAGUACGAUCUGCAGAAGCAGAGAAAGCUUGGCGAAUAAAGCCUUCCCCACCAGAUAACCCCUGGAUGACAGAGUACAUGAGAUGCUACUCAGCAAGAGCUCGGUGAAUUGAUUUCCUUAAGCAUCUUCAAAGAAGUGAAGCAUAUCAGGACACUGGUGCAAGGAACCAAACUACUUAUGCAAGGUUUUUACAGGGAGUUUCCAGCUGUUUGUUACAAUAUUUGUAAGUUGGCUACCUACCUCACACUGGGGUGUAUAGUUGGAGCCAUAGCAUUUGAAGAAGCUUUUGAAUAUAGCUACACAGAUUUUUAAACAGUUCCCCUUUUGGGAAUUUAAAUUUCAGGGCCUCUCCUGAAGGUAGGAGAAGAACCUUGGAGUACUGGCAGCCUAAGCAAACACUUUCUUGAUGUUGGUUAAAUAAUUUGUUGACCAUUAAUUCAAAAGUUCUUAAGUUCUCCAAAUGAUCAGUAGGUAAUUUAGGGGGAAGACUUUAAAGAUAUGAUGAAGAAGCAUUUGCAUUUAUAGUGCUAUUUGGUUCAAUACUUCUCCCAAAAUAAGUAGAUCAAGACAGGUAACAAAGAUGGGGGGGGGUCCUGAUGAACAGCACUAAUAAAUGUGGAUACUUUAUGUAGAAAAUUGUCAAGUGUAGUCUGUAUAUAGAAACUUAAAACCCCCAGAACUUGAUUAGUGAAUCUGCUGAUAUUAUUUUUUUAAUUGCUGUUUAAGUCAUUGGAAUAAAUUACUUGCCAAUCUUGGGACCACUUAUUUUCAGAGCACAGAAUAGUUGCAGGAUUACUUUGAGUUGCUGUGACUUGUACCAAAUGACUGAUGUGGACAAUCAUUAUUUGAUAGCUGCUGCUCAAUCAGUUGCUUGUUGUACUAGUAUUGACUUGGCAUCACUAUUAAGCCUGUGGUCACACUUUUGUGUUUAAUCAUUUCAAUGCCAGUUUAUCAAUGGAGAGGGUUGGCUUCUGUGUAGUGAAGUCUAUUUUUAAACUUAUGAAUUUCUUUCUAUGCUCAGUGGGGUCAGAGUGCAAUAUGCAUUCCAUUUGGUAGUAUUAUAUAAUGAGUAUACUGGUAGAGGUUUUAAACUUGAAAAUCAUUUUGAUAAACCUUGUAGAUGAAGCUCUGAGAAGCUUUCUGCCUCUUAAAAAUGGUGCAGAGCUCCUCACGGAGGAGAUGGGGAUCAGGGGAGGACAGAAAGGUACCUUUUAGUAAUCCACAGUAUAUAAUUGUUUAUUUUUACAUAGUAGAAGUCACUUGUCAGUUCUUCAGUGUUUUUUCCUUUCAAGGUGCUGUAGAACUCUUUCAGUUUGGUAGCUGAGCUUUACAUUCCUGCUGUAGUUGUGAGCUUCAAAGCUUUGAAAUGUGCUGUUACAGCUUAGUUUUGAUACUCAUUUUUUUUUAACACUGACUAAACUCCAGACUUUUCACAAGUAGCAUCAUUGUACUUCUGCAGCAAAAGCCUGGACUAGUCUUAGCUUCACUGCACAAACCAGUAUUUCAGAAAAUGACUGUAUUCUAUCAUUUAGCUAAAUCAGAUCAGAAUUUUGUAAGACUUUACAUGAGUGCCCAAAAUGGAGGUUAACUAUUCAGCUGGAUGCCUUUAUUCCAUCUGAGACUUUAUUAGCCAGUAUGUAACUGCUAUAAAUAUGCUCAAGUUGCUUCUGACACUGUUUUAAUUCAGAAAUCCAACCUAGCUUUGAACAGUAGUGGCAGAAAUCUAACAAGCAGUAUUUAGUAGCCCCACUGAAUAAAAAAAAAAAGCCUGUUAGUGUCGCCCAGAACACUGUAUACACUUCUGGCUUUGUAGACUUUUUAAAAAGUGUGUAACCAUAGCAACUGGAUUGUGCCCUCAAUUUGUCUGCAUUAACUUUAUUGAUUUUUGUGGGGCAGGAUUCAUCUUGCCAUGCUUUCAACAAUGCUUCUAGAGUUCUCUUCCUGCUGAGAAUGGAAGAGCCUAGAAGACCAUGUGCCUACCUACCUUAAGUACCUAUUUUAUGAUAAGAGGGAUCUCCCACUAGAUGUCAGCCUUCUCAAUAAUCACAGGAGCUCUAAAUGUCUUCUGCCUUGGAUACAGGGAACCAAACUUGAGCCAUCUCAGAGGUGUUUAGGUGUUCUGCAGAGCAUAAGAACUUCAGCUGCAUGAGGGCUGCUAGGUACUGAGUGUUUUAGGAGGUCUUAUCCUUAAUUUGUCUGGUCAAAACCUAUCCCCCAUGAAAAAGCUUGCUAAAAGGUGGCAGUGAUGCUAUUCAGGCCAUUUGAGUCACUGUCAUGCUUUUAAAUAGUCUGUAGCUAAAAAUAAUUGUGGGUGCUAUAUUGGUAUUCUCGAUUUAAGUACUAAAAUCUUGAACUGAGGGGAAAACCACUCUGCAGAUCAGGCAGCUUUUCUGUAUUUCCCAAAUUCCCUAAGACUAGCAGGUUUGCUUUGAAUAUGUGAAAUAUAGUCCUGAUCACUGUAAGUUGUAUAUUCAAGGUAUAUUUGGCAUGUUGCAGACUGAAGUCUGGAAAAAUGCUAUUAGUGUUUUGAAACAAAUUCUGAAAAAAAGCUAAUUGAUUUGAAAAGCACAACUUUUCAAAUAUAAAAGCUUUAACCAUAUUCUUUAGAUGCUUACAGAGAAGUAAGCCUGUCUUGUAUCAAAUCACUCAUUCAAAGAUGGAAAAGCUAGUGAAUAUUUACCCAGUCAAUUCAGGGAGUUCUGAACUGUCUUACAUGAACUCUUGAAUUCAGCCAUGUGGCAAAUGCUUCUCACUCUGUUUUAAAAGUAAAGCUGGUAGUCAUAAGAACAGAAGACAUUCACAGUUGUCCGGUCUUCACUUGAAACAAUAGUAGUCUGUUCCUUUCAGUUUUUGAAAGCACUUAGCUUAGUGAAACAAGAUUUUCAGUGUGUAAUGCUGCAAUUUAAUUCUUGUGUUGUGAAGCCUAGUGUUUACAAUGUAAAAUGUUACAAUGAACUGUAAGGAUGUUUCUGUAAAAUAGAGUAGCAUGCUUGUGCAGUUACAUCUUCACAACUAUAAAUUACGAAUUUUGUUACUGGAAGCUAAGUUAGUCAAGGUGAUACUUAAACACAGACAAACUUAAACCUGUGAGGGACAGGCCUCAAUUUUUGGUAAAGAAUUUUAUCCAGGUAGCAGAUGCACAUUUUAAUCGAGUUUCUAGCUUGUAAGGAAAUACAUCUGUCCCCCUCACUUUUUUAAUGGUGUAAUGCACUGGCUCUGGAUGAAAGGCCUCAGAUUUGUUUUUCACCAGGACAGGGACCACAAGCUAGCAAUCCAAGGGCCUACAUGCAGUGACCUGUGUUCUGGUUUAGUUCUCAGCUCAGUGCACACAGCAGUGAAGCCAUACAUGGAGCCUGACUUGACCUUGCUGGUAGCCCCUAUAAGACUAGAGGUAGAAGAGAAUAGGAAGCUGCCUCAGCUAUUUUUAGCACUGAACUCACUUUAAAAACUAUAGGGAAAUACCAUCUAAGCUUGAAGCAAUAUGUGAUUUUUAAGAGUUUUUAAUAGUAUUUGUUUUUUAAAGCUUCUGUAUUGUAUGUAAUAGUAUAGUGACAACUUGUACAUGUGAAUAAAAUAAGU